AUGACCAGAGUAAGGUGAGAAGCUACUCAGUGCAAUGUGUGCCGGAUCAUUUUCAAAGGGGGCCUGUCAGGCUUUCCCACUGCCUGUCCUUCACGCAGUGAUCCCACAGCAGCGCCCCUGGUGACAAACGGCAGAUCCUUUUUGCCAUGGGUGUUCUGCAGUCUCCACAGGCAACACAACUUUUAUCGCCCGAUACUACAUCAGUGGUUAAAGCAGAACCCUUCACAUCUGCACCUAGAUCUAUGCAUGAAAGAAAUUGGUCAUGGGGGUUGUGGUUUUUCAAAUGUAUUUCUAUCAACAGGUGAUCUGUAUGUUUCAGCCCUGCGUACACCCAUCAAGUUAAGACGUUCAUGCCUUCAAACUCAUCAAGAUGAAUGUCUUUCUCCAAGCAUUGAUUUAGAAUGCAUUUGAAGAUGGCACAAUCUGACCAGUUGAGUUUCUAACAAUUUCAAUAAAACGUUUGGUUAUCUAAUUACUGACUACUUGCUGCUUUUAUACUGAACAAAUAUAGACAUGUAAAGUGUUGGUUUCAUGACCUCAAAUUGAAGAUCCCAGAAUUUUCAAUAUGCACAGAAAGUUUAAUGUGCAAAUUUCUCCUUUGCUGAGAUUAUCCAGCCACUUGACAGGUGUCAUAUCAAGAAGCUGAUUGAACAGCAUGAACAUUACACAGGUGCGCUUUGUGCUGGGACAAAAGGCCACUAAAAUGUUCAGUUGUCACCACAAUGCAGGAAUGUCCGCCAGAUAAAUAAUUAUUUCUCUACCAUAAACUACCUCCAGUGUAGUUUUAAAAUUUGGCAGUUCAUCAACCGCAGACCACGUUAUCACACCAGCCCAGGGCCUCCAUCUGGCUUCUUCACCUGUGGGAUUGUCUGAGACCAGCCACACGGACAGCUGAUAGCUACUGUAUCAUUCUUUGGGUGUGCCAUGCCCACUUGUGAAAUUCAUAGAUUAGGGCCUAAUUUCAAUUGCCUGAUUUUCUUACAUUAACUAACUCGGUAAAACUUAUUUUUUAUAUUUUCAGUGUAGAUGCAUGUCUUUUUGUUAUUAGGGAUGUUUGACACUAAAGCUCACAGUUUGCAGCAUAUUGUCUUUGGCGCAGGCCUCUCUUCAUCCAAAGAUUUAGACUGAAGUACAAAGUUUGAAGGUGUGCUAUCAAUGUUUCAUAUAUUGUGGUUCUGCCUUAUAGACUGCAAUGUUUUAUAAGAUUAACAGAUCUGCUGGUGUUUCCAUAAGAGAAGGAGAUCUUCACAUGGGAGACUGUAAAUAAGCAGAUUCUUCAAAGUGUGCCUUUGCUAUGGGUCUUGUGUGGGUUAGGGCAGCACUCCUGUCUACCUUAAAUGUGGGCAAAGUUCAAUCAUGCUGUUAAUGCAUAUCUGCACAUGGGUCUGUCACUCGUUGUUGGGGAGGUGGGCGUUAAGAUGUGAUUUGGGACCUGUCUGCCGUACUGUUGGUACUCUGCCAACGCUGGACUGGUUCUCAGGAUUUCAUAUGGGUCACAGGGAAGAGAUUAAAGGCUUCACUUCAGUGAGCAGAGCCUGCCCAAGUCCUCCAUUUACAUGCGUUUUGUUCACCCCGCUGUUUGUGGUUAAAUGUCACUCAGCACAUGCAUCCUCUGUAAUGGGGGGUUUCCGAAGUUGGUGUGAACGUACGCCCAGUGCAUAGGCCCUGUCAAUAGGCUUGAAGGUCAUGGUGAGUUGGAAAGCAGCAAGUCGGCCAAUUAGAAACCUGCUAGAAUACUCAUUGCACAAAUGUGUGCUGACGUGCAAUCAAAGAGCCUGAAACUCAAAAGGCUCUUAUAAUCCAUGCACUAUUUCCAGAACACUGCACCUCGCCCGUCUCACGUUGGUCUCUAAGCUGGGCUUCGAUGCAAGUAUAAUGUGUAGGAUAGAGAUUAUCAUUAUUUUGGGUGUUGCUCCUUAGAAUAGUUCAACUAAAUUGUGUUUGGACACAGGCAUAAAUGUAGUUCCCACUGUAUUAUCACAUUUAUUUGCCCUGAUGUUGCACUACAUAAUCCCUCCCUCGCAUUACAGCUGUUCAAAAAAUCUGCUUGAGUUUUUCCCAAUUUGUGUCCUCAGCUCUGGUUCAUACUUUUGAGCUGAUCUGUAGUGAUGGAACUUGAGUAUUUUUUUAUGUCUUGUGCCUUAUUCUUUUCAUCCUAGGGCUUGCCCAAGUAAUAUCUCAGGAAAUGUACCAACCGAUGAGAGGAAUCUCAUUGAGGGUUUAUGCUCUCAUUAAAUUGAGGAUCAAACAGUAUGGGGCUCUUGUGUUUCUGUGCCAAGAACAGUCUGUACAGAUCCUGCUGUGAACUGCCUGCCGUCCACUCCUUCAACCCUCUAAUUUACUGCUCGUGUCAAUGCUGUCCUCCAUCAAUGUAGAAAGAAAUGCAUUAUAACUUAGGUUUUCAGUUCUCAUAUUAAUUAGCCUAUUUCGCCUAGCAUCAGUAGAGAAUAUCAAAUCUAAGUUUCUGUCACAAGUGCCGAAUACAACAGGUUUAGACUUUACCGUGAAAUGCUUACUUAGGAGCCCUUUCCCCAAAAGUAAGAAAAUCUGCAAAUAACUGUUCAGCAGUUUUAUGGCUUGGGGGUAGAAGCUGUUCAGAAGCCUUUUGGUCCCAGACUUGGCACUCCGGUAUAGGAUAUGUACAGUAUUGUUUUGAACUGUAUACCAGUUGGAGUGGGGUGGGGCAUAGCUUUUUAUCUAAAGGGGAAUAUGAACUGCAUGUUUAUUUUCAAGAUGCUCAAUCGUGUUCUAUCUGAUCACAGGGAGGAGUAGGCCUAGAUAUUUUCCCCUAAAUAUGGAAAUACAUGCUCUUGCAGUUUCACAAAAGUAAAAGUCUAUAGCAUCACAUGUAUUAAUCCGUACAGUAUUUAAAUGUGGUAAAUGCUAUUCAUCAGACGCCCCUAGAAAUUGUUCUAACAACUUGAUGAACCUUCAGUUCAAGUCUAAAAUAACCAACUCAGCAACUCCUUCAGACCCAUAAAUCUACGUUCACUAGUCCAUGUCAAUCCAAGGAAAGGGGAGGUGGUGGAAAUGGCACUAGAGAAACACAGUAACAUACAAGCACUGCAGCAAGAAUACAAAAAAACAUCUGAAGGGAAAUGUCCUUUGAACUGAACAAUGCCAUAUUUUCCACCCCCUCAACUGGGCCCUAGCUUUGCGAGAUCAGAGUGGCUGUAGGAUCUUAUCACUGCCACAGACAAAAAGGAGCUUGUUGUUUUAUGGCUCCGGUCAGCUAGGGCCUUAGUUACCACCAGUCAUAGCCUGUGAAUAAUUAAACAGCUGUCUACUUUUUAUUCUGAAGCAAGGCCUUGUCUGGUCCGUGAGUGUAGGAGGGGUGAUGGAGCUACCGAGAGUAUGUCCUUUACUACCCACUAUCUACGAAAUAGCAGUCAGUCGAUGGUGAUUGAGAUGGAACUUACACUGUAUGACAUGACUUCACCACCUGUACAAGUCUGUCCUCCCACCUGCAGGUUCAAAGAAAUUGACCUGAGAAAAAGGCAUUUAAGCGUACCUGUUUUUGCCUUUGUAAAGACACUCUACAAAGACGUAUGAAUGUUGCGCUCUACAAAGCACAAUGGAACCACUGUCCUGAGGGAUUCCUGACAUCAAUGGUGAUUAUGAUUUAGUUAGUUCCUUUGCACAGAGAAUACCAUGAAUAACUAAUUUGUACCUUCUGUUGUCUCAGUCUUUGGAUUUCUGUCAAAAAUAAAUCAUAGAAAAGCUAGUUUGUUGGCACAAUUCCAGCACCUUCAAAAUCGGUCAGUGCUAUCUGGGAUCCUAGUGACUUCCCUACCCUAAACCCUAACCUUAACUAAACAUUUUACAUUUCAACUUCAAUGGGGGGUAGGGAAGUCGCAAGGAUCCCAGAUAGUAUAGACCCUUCAAAAUCCCAGUCUGGUAGGUAGUAAGGUCAGAGUUCAAAAACUCUUUCAAGAUCUUGUUUACCUAUUGGCAUCAUCACCAGUGUCAUUUACCAAUGCAUUGACUGACCAAGCCAUGAAUUCUGAACCUCCAUUGAGUGAUGCUCUGAGUGGAAUCCCAUAAAUCAGGCUACUUGUUUCUUUGUGUUCAACAUCAACUCUUACCAUGCUGCUAUCUGCUUUGCGGAGCUGAUUAACUUUACAUCAAAAGAAAGUGAGUAUUGUGAUUGAGUUAACAGGGCCCCAUUGUUAAGAUUACGAAUGUAUAAUGUGUCAGAGGUUGUCAGACAUCAAGCGUGUUGUCCCCCAGUUUCGGCUAUCAAUCAGCCUACCCUGCAACUCUGAUUACUGUAAUAAUCUUACUUUAAUUUUAAAUUGUAUUUAUGUGGAGAGGGAAAUUAGUCUUAAUUCUUUCAAUGCAACCCCCUACAAAAUCUUAACCAUAUAAGUAGGCCACCUAUAGGACCAAAACCUGUGUGAGUAACUGCAAGCAAACAGUUCAUGAAUUUCAGAUGGUGAUAGGUAAGUAUAUAAGACAUGUAUGGACAGUGGACAGGCUAUUAAUGUCCUAGAGAUGACUGUUUUUGGAUGUGAUGUGCACUGAUGUAGUAGGCCUAUCUUGCAUGGUUGAAUUGUAAGAUGUCUGGGGUUUGUCCUCAGACAAUUUUAUGCAUUACAAAUCAUGCAUAUAUGAAACAGUGAGACAAAAUACUUAAUUUGUCAUCACAUUUUGCAUUGGCCCUGUAUUUGCUCCAUGAUGGCCCUGCCAUGACGCCAUAGGAAAUGUGAAACUACAUGUCCCAACAUGCCCGUGUGACAGAGCAGGUCCUCCCCUUCUUUUGAGUGGCAAGUUGUUUGUUUCACUGUUACCAGCUGCUGGACUAUUCCAAUCCCUGUCGGAGAGAAUACACGGGGACCGACAGUCUUUCUCUCUUUUCUCCCUCAUUGUGAUUCUUUUAUCAUACCUCUCUUUCACUCUUUUCCUAAGUGGAUAACUUUCCCUUCUCCCUCCCUUGCUUUCUGCUCCGUUUCACGGUUUUUAUAAGCUAUAUAGGUGUAUUUAUUUGUUUUUUUAUUAGAAAGGAUAUACAUUUAUAUUUUAGAUGUUCCUCAAAUGAGAAGACGCAAAAGAUGGAGUUGCAUAUUUUAGAACACAGCUUGAAAGUAGCGAGUAUAGCAAAAGAGGGCAUUCAGAUUUGCACUCACGGAUUAAUCAAACUCGCCUUCUUGCCCUCUAAAACAAGGUAAGUAGCUUUAUAGAUAUUAACAAUGUUAUUAAAUCCGCUACAAUAAAGAAAAUGAAUCAUCAUUAAUAUAUUAUUGGGCAGUAAUGUUAUUGCAAACUAAUUGCGCGACUAGAUACAAUGUUACCGAUCGUUGUGGCAAAGCAGUCCAAUUGUAAUUAUGUCUUCAGCAGUUAUCUUUUUAGCUUUCAAUGAAAAUGCAUGCUCUACUUUUGCAUGAGUCAAUGAGUGCUGCCAGUAUUCUUUAAAUUCAGUAUUUAGUUUUGCAUUGUCAUUUUCUUCAGCUUUUGUGCUUUUGUAGUCCGGUCGACGUGAAGGGGUGUGUAGUCUACGUGCUAAUGCCGCGUUCAAGUCGUGUCGGAAACUCGGAAAUGUCCUACUUGCUUACUUGUAGAAAGAUGAUACUGGAUAUAAUGAGGCAUGUGACUCCGCCCUAACAAUGGGAUUCGUUGUCCACAGACCGGAACGUCGGGCUGUCAAGCUCCCGCCUAUUCAUCGCUUUGGUUUGGUGGAUACAUCUUAUUUUAAUAUAUUAUUUUAACAAUCGAAGAGGGGUGUUGACAUCAACCGCCUGUAUUCAAUGGAGAGUGAGAUGCUAUGCUAGCUUCAUGAAUAUGCAUAGGCCAUCUCGAAUUUCAGCAGGGACAACUCCUAUAUUGGGUUUUUUCUCAGUUGCCGGGAUGUCACGUGCAUCACACGUAUAUCACUGCACUCGUAACAACCUAGACAUUACAACAUUUAUAUUAGAUCAAAUAAGCCUCAAGUAUCAAAAUAGCAAUUCAUUUUAAUCUUGACUAAAUUCAACACUCAUUUCUCCUCCCCAUACAAAAACUCCUUACUUGCAUUAUAGUCAAUGAUCUGCUUAAUGUGGGGCGGAGUUAACCCUCUUGCUUCGCUUCUUGUUCAUGAGCUAGUCGGAACUAGGAAACUCGAGAAUUUCUGGUUGUAGUUAUACAUGUGCUACGUUCAACCAGUUAGCAAGUCGUACAUUUCUUAGUUCCGACUAGCACUUGAACGCGGCAUUCCACUGAUGAUACCGGAGUUUCCCACUUGGGAAGUAGAAUCAACCAAUAAAAAGCUCUAAGCAAAUAACGUAUGUUCAUUUUAACUCGGAGGUCCCGAGUUUCCCACAUGUCGUGAACGCGGCAUUGCAGCUAUGCGGUGUUGUUUUUCGUUGUGUGUGGGUGUAAAAUUAUAUGCGGUGAGGUGGUUGCUUUACAUCAAAUUUGAACCGGCGGCGUGAGACAUUAUGGCGAAUACAUAAUUUGCGAUGUUGCAAUCAUGAUUUGGUUAGCAAGCAAAUCGAUUUGUUGCCGUGGAUGUGAACGCGCUUGCCCGGUAGUUGUGUUUCUGGCUACAGUCUUUCUCGGUUUUUAAUCAAUUGAAUAGGUUAUAAUUAGGGCUUCACAAUAACGCUGUCUUUUUUUCCUAAUUCAUUUCACCUGGCAUGAUGAGGAUAGGGCAGGUUAUAGGUAGAUUAUCUUCUGUAAGCCUAUUGCAAAAGUUAUAUUUAUAUGAUGGAAUGCCACUGUAAAUGUGCUGUGAGCAUAUUAUCAAUAGGCUACUCUAACCUAAACUUCGUUAGUGCUAUUUUCCUCAAGUGAUUAUUUCCUCAAGGCCUAUUCUUAUCACUGCAAUGUAGGCUACAUCUGUGAGAAAUAGGCCUACAGGCCAAUAAUAUAACAGUUUUGCAUUCCAACAAAGAUCUUGUGAUCCUUGCUGUUAUAACUGCACCAGGACACAAGUUGAAGGCAAGUAUAUUUUAGUGACACAUUAAUGACACAUGGGAUUGAAAAGGCCAUUGGCUAGCCUAUAUUUACCAAGCUCUCCUCAAGGCAAAUUCUCCUCCACCUUUCAGUGACCUUUUUAGGUGUGCUGUGGUGACCCCUGAAAAAUACUUGAAAAGGAGGUAGAGGUCCACAGAAUGCAGUAUAAAUGUGUGUUGCAUCGCACAGCUUGGGAGCGUAAAACAUUCAUUUAGGUUAACAUUUUGCAGUGGUAUGGUCGGAUGGAAAUGUAUAUAGAAACCAUAUCCCACAACCUUUGUUGUGUAGAUCCAUCUUUGUCUCAAAUGAAUAGAAAAGAUGAGCACCGUAUAAUUUCCUGGUUUUAGUUGGUGCUUAUCUUUUUAAUUCAUUUGGGGUGGAGGCAUAUAGCUGGAUCUACACAACCGAUGUCGUGGGAUCUGGUUUCAUCUUGACAGACUACUUUAGAGGUAUUAUAAUGUCUGACAAACUAUGAUUUGAAAGUGUAUUGAUGUUUAAAGAAGUGUUUAAAAAUGCAGAUAAAGAUACUGAUAGCUCAGACUCUCCAUGAAGUAAAACAGCAGUUAUAGUAUAGAAAUUAGAAGACAAACGUUUGAAAGAUCUUAUUUCCUGAUGCACAGACAGAACUGAAUGGAAAUAGAUGCAUCUGUCAUUAAACAUAGCUUGUGGUUUCCCCUCAUAUCUUGAAGUGUUUCAUUGCUUCCAUUGUUGGCAGACAGAGCUGGAUGCACCAAGUUGGUCUGUUUUCAGAACAUUGUUUUGCCUCAAGUGGGACGAUAAAGUCUUUGACAGUCUUCGUCUAUGAUUUGGGCCUUGUUGCAGCUGUAAUUUCAUGGCAUUUCUACUAUUUGGGAGUCACUAAUAGAUUUGCCUACUACGUUUCUAUAUCUGCUGUCCCCCCCCGUCACAUACAGUACUGAUUGCGUCCAAUUUCGAGUCAAGUAAUGGAAGGUUGUUAAUUGCUCAAGGGUGUUGUAACAGCUUGAAUCAAACUCAUUUAGAAGCUCCCUGUGAAGUGCCUUGCAUUCAUGUAGAAUGUGAGGGGUGUUGACUAAAUGUCGAGCCACACAAACACAAGGCGCUGGCUUGGAAGCUGCUUACCACCUAGAAUGUUGUUGAUGGCCUUCUCCCUAAAUGUGCUGUCUCACUGUUGAUCUAGCAUUGAUAUAAAGAAAUCUUGGUUGUGUGUUAUGGACACUGUCAAAUAUGGAUAGUGAAUAUCAGGAAGUGUUGUUGAUUUAUGUAUGACACAAUCCUGUCAUAUGUGCCGUGAAAAAGUAUUUGCCCCCUUUCUAAUUUUCUCUACCUUUGCAUGUUUUUGAUACUGAAUGUUAUCAAAUCUUCAACCAAAGCUAAUAUUAGAUAAAGGGAACCUGAGUGAACAAAUAACACAAAUUACAUACUUAUUUCAUUUAUUUAAUAAACAAAGUUAGGCAACACCCAAUGCCCCUGUGUGAAAAAGUAAUUGCUCCCUUACACUCAAUAACUGGUUGUGCCACCUUUAGCUGCAAUGACUCCAACCAAACGCUUCCUGUAGUUGUUGAUCAGUCGCUGUGGAGGAAUUUUGGACCACUCCUCCAUGCAGAACUGCCAAGCAUAAAGGGACCCAUGUUGUCCAAAAAGUUUACUUUUAACUCAUCUGUCCAUAGAACAUUCAUCCAAGAGUCUUGAUGAUCAUCCAGGUGCUUUUUGGAAAACUUUAGUCAAUUUUUUGGACGACAUGGGGGCUAUUAUGCCUGCGAAAACCAAACACUGCAUUCCUCAGUAAGAACCUCAUACCAACGGUCAAGCAUGGUGGUGGUAGUGUGAUGGUUUGGGGAUGCUUUGCUGCCUCAGGACCUGGGAGACUUGCCUUAAUAGAAGGAACCAUGAAUUCUGCUCUGUAUCAGAGAAUUCUACAUGAGAAUGUCAGUCUGUGAGCUGAAGCGCAGCUGGGUCAUGCAGCAAGACAACAUGAAAAUGACUAAGAAGCCACAAAUUUGAAGUUUUGGAAUGGCCUAGUCAAAGUCCAGACCUAAUCCCAAUUGAGAUGUUGUGGCAGGACUUGAAACGAGCAGUUCAUGCUUGAAAACCCACAAAUGUCGCUGAGUUAAAGCAGUUCUGCAUGCAAGAGUAGGCCAAAAUUCCUCCACAGUGAUGUGAGAGACUGAUCAACAACUACAGGAAGCAUUUGAUAGCAGUCAUUGCAGCUAAAGGUGGCACAACCAGUUAUUGAGUGUAACAUGCUCUCUAGACCGGGCACUCGCAUGUUGAUUUUGUACAUCCACACCAGACGCGAUCCAGACACGCAGGUUGAAAUAUCAAAAUGAACUCUGAACCAAGAUGCUGGAGGAAACAGGUACAAAAGUAUCUAUAUCCACUGUAAAACGAGUCCUAUAUCGACAUAACCUGAAAGGCCGCUCAUCAAGGAAGAAGCCACUGCUCCAAAACCGCCAUACAAAAGACAGACUAUGGUUUGCAACUGCACAUGGGGACAAAGAUCUUACUUUUUUGAGAAAUGUCCUCUGGUCUGAUGAAACAAAAAUAUAAUUGUUUGGCCAUAAUGACCAUCGUUAUGUUUGGAGGAAUAAGUGGAAGGCUUGCAAGCCGAAGAACACCAUCCCAACCGUGAAGCACAGGGGGGGCAGCAUCAUGCUGUGGGGGUGCUUUGCUGCAGGAGGGACUGGUGCACUUCACAAAAUAGAUGGCAUCAUGAGGAAGGAAAAUUAUGUGGAUAUAUUGAAGCAACAUCUCAAGACAUCAGUCAGGAAGUUAAAGCUUGGUCGCAAAUGGGUCUUCCAAAUGGACAAUGACUCCGAGCAUACUUCCAAAGUUGUGGGAAAAUGGCUUAAGGACAACAAAGUCAAGGUAUUGGAGUGGCCAUCACAAAGCCCUGACCUCAAUCCUAAACAAAAUGUGUGGGCAGAACUGAAAAAGCGUGUGCGAGCAAGGAGGCCUACAAACCUGACUCAGUUAAACCAGCUCUGUCAGGAGGAAUGGGCCAAAAUUCACCCAACUUAUUGUGGGAAGCUUGUGGAAGGCUACCCAAAACAUUUGACCCAAGUUAAACAAUUUAAAGGCAAUGCUACCAAAUACUAAUUGAGUGUAUGUAAACUUCUGACCCACUGGGAAUGUGAUGAAAGAAAUAAAAGCUGAAAUAAAUCAUUCUCUCUACUAUUAUUCUGACAUUUCACAUUCUUAAAAUAAAGUGGUCCUAACUGACCUAAGACAGGGAAUUUUACUAGGAUUAAAUGUCAGGAAUUUUGAAAAACUGAGUUGAAAUGUUUUUGGCUAAGGUGUAUGUAAACUUCUGACUUCAACUGUAUGUGUACAUUUCAUUUGCAACCCAAACGGUGUGGUCAGCAUGUAAGGGGGCAAUUACUUCUUCACACAGCGGAAUUGGUUGUUGCAUAACUUUGUUAAUUAAAUAAAUAAAAUCUAAUAUUAGGUUUUGGUUGAAGAUCUGAUAACAUUCAGUGUCAAAAAUAUGCAAAAAAUUUGAAAAUCAGAAAGGGGGAGAAUACUUUUUCUCGGCACUGUACAACAGAGAUUAUAUGGUACUUAUCAAAAAUAAUUUGAUAUGAAAAUCCAUUAACUGAAUCUCAGAAGGUAUGUUGUUGGUCUAUGUCAAAACAUAUCCUGAUGUCUGAAGAGACAUGGUAAAGUUUGUAGUACUGUACCGUUACAUAUUCAUUCCAGCAGGAAGCCUUGGGUAAAUUACGGAAUUAGGCUGAGACUUUGAUUUUUCACUUUAAAAUAUGCUAAACAAGAACCAUUGAUUUCAAAGUUUAAUAAACCAACAACUCUAUGCCUACUUUGAACAAUUUACAGUAAACAAACAAACAAAAAACAUUUACUGGAAAAACUGCGCAGAUGCCAAAGUUUGGUAACAGAAUUGUGGUAAAAUCUCCCUCAGUUUUAUUUUGUUACCAACCUUUGUAUCUGCACAGUUCUUCCAGUAAAUGUGUUUUUGUAAAAUGUGCAGUGUAAAAUGUUAAAAUUAUUCCUUGUGCAUAGAGUUGUAUGGUUUGUUAAACUUUUAAAUCAAUGGUUUUUGUUAGGCAUACAUUUUUAAAUGAAAAAUCUGAGUCUCAGCGCAAUUCCAUUACCGUGGAAUUUCCUCAAGCAUUUGCUUGAAAAUAAAUCAAGUUAAAGAAAGACGUUUGAUUUGAAUGGAAAUAUGCUUUUUGCAAUUCAUAUUUGAACAUGAAAUCAGCUGGUGGGGAGUUACCCGUAUAUAACCAAUUGUUUAAAGUUUUUCAUGAGCAAUGCGUGAAACUCUUAAGUACACAAAUAUUUUCAAGAGGACACGGCCAUGUUGCACUAUCCCUCUGAGUCAUUUAACUUUUCAAGUCAAAAGCAGAGAUCAAGUUACAAAUGUUUGUUCUUAUGGCAGUUUCCAGGUACAUGCACCAAGAGAAAUGAGGUAGACAAACUUCAAAACGGCACUCUCUAAAGUCUACUGUUUGCUCAGCAUCCUUUCAUCAUCUCAAAGCCUUCAAUCGAAAACACAAAUCCUAUAGUGCUAAAGCGCCAAGUCAAUACUGAAGGUGAAUCUAAUCUGAAAUCUCAUUUAAUGGCAGUGAGGCACCCUUUCCCCAUGCAUAUGUAUUAGUAAUGCUAUCCAUCAUGCCAACCCAAGGACACUCGAAAUGAUAUGACACAACAACAGGAGAGGUUUGAGAGUGGGACAAGUAGGCCAGUCGAGUAUUUAGAGAUGACGCAUGCCAUCAUCAUCAAAUAAAUGACGCAUGGCAUCAGACUCGCUGCUUCCCACAAUCAACAAGUAUCAUGGUACCCCUUGAUUGAAAGAGAGGUGUGGGUGGAUCGGACAAAUAUUGCUCCUCUCCCAGAAUCAUGAGCUGGUUCAGGUUUUAUGAUCAGCAUAAAAGUAUGCAGCAGCUGCUGCCAGUCUCAACUCGAGAUCCAUGUAUUUGGGUAUGUUUGCAUAGGGGCAUUUAUAUCAAAGGACCCAUAACCACAAAAACACUGGAGGCCCCUUACACUUUAGUAUUGUAUUGCAAAAUGCAUAGCGCAUAGAAUUAAAAAGGUAUUGUCGGAUGUUAUUCAUCCUAAUCAGACAUGUUUUUUACAUUUACAUUUUUUGGGAACAUUUUUAGUCAUUUAGCAGACACUCUUAUCCAGAGCAACUUACAGUUAGUGAGUGCAUACAUUUUCAUACUGGUCCCCCAUGGGAAUCUAACCCACAACCCUGGCAUUGCAAACGCCAUGCUCUACCAACUGAGCUACACGGGACGAUACAUUGGAGAUAAUAUAAGACAAGUACUGGAAACAAUAGAACAUUUUGAAAAAUCUGGAAAACAGGGCCUGGUAUUCAUAGCUGAUUUUGAAAAGGCCUUUGAUAAAGUACGACAAAAAUGUAUAUAUAAAUGCCUUGACUAUUGUAAUUUUGGAGAAUCUCUUAUACAAUGGGUUAAGGUUUUAUAUAGUUACCCCAGGUGUAAAAUGGUAAAUAAUGGCUACUUUAUUAUGGCCAUCGAAAUGUUAGCUAUUAAAAUCAGAUUCAACAAUAAUAUCAUGGGGCUAGAAAUCCAAGGCUUAAAACAAAGGUAUAAUUUUACGCCGACGACUCAUGUUUUCUUUUAAAUUCCGUAAUCUGGAUCCCUGCACAGCCUCCUAGAGGAUCUAGAUAAUUUCUCUAACCUCUCUGGAUUACAACCGAACUAUGAUAAAUGCAUAUUACGUAUUGGAAUAAAAAAAUAUGUAACUUUUAUAUUACCGUGAAGUUUACGAAAUCAAAUGUGGACAUACUUGGUAUUCAUAUUCAGAAAUAAAUAAAUAAUCUCACUAGAAUACAUUUUUAUAGAAAGUUAGCAAAAAUUUGCUACCAGGGAAAGGUAAAUACCUGUCUAUUUAUAGAAAAAUCACCCUGAUUCAUUCUUUAGUCAUAUCCCAGUUGACCUAUUUACUUAUGGCCCUGCCAACGCCGAAUAACCUUUAUUUUUAUUAUAUGAGCAAAAAAUACUCAAAUGUAUUUAGCAUGGCAAGCCAGACAAAAUAAACUGACCCAUUUAUAUAAUGAAUAUGAAUUCGGAGGGCUAAAAUAAUUAAAUAUUAAAGCAUUGAACCUCUCACUAAAGGCUUCAGCCAUACAAAAAAUAUACUUAAAUCCAAACUGGCAGAUUAGUAAGAAUGGCUCACCCCGUGUUCAAAAAUGGCCCUUUUCCCUUUAUCCAGAUUACAACCUCUCACUUUCAGUUAUUUGAAAAUACAGUACAAAUAUUACAACAAAUAUUAUGGUUAAACUCAAAUAUACUAAUUGAUGAAAAAAAUACAUUAUUUAUAAUAAUAAAAUUUUAAAAAAUAUUUUUGUUAAUUAUAUCAUAAAUAGGACUGGUGGAGUUAUGUCACAUAUGGAGCUAACAAAAAUAUAUGGAAAUGUCUGCUCUAUCCAAAAUUACAACCAACUGAUUGCAACAUUACCGCAAAAAUGGAGGAGGCAAGAAGGAACUUGUCUGUCGGCCCUACAUUAAAGACCAACAUUUUAAUAAUAUAUAUACAGUUGAAGUCGGAAGUUUACAUAUACUUAGGUUGGAGUCAUUAAAACUAAUUUUUCAACCACUCCAAAAAUUUAUUGUUAACAAACUAUAGUUUUGGCAAGUCGGUUAGGACAUCUACUUUGUGCAUGACACAAGUAAUUUUUCCAACAAUUGUUUACAGACAGAUUAUUUCACUUAUAAUUCACUGUAUCACAAUUCCAGUGGGUCAGACGUUUACAUACACUAAGUUGACUGUGCCUUUAAACAGCUUGGAAAAUUCCAGAAAAUGAUGUCAUGGCUUUAGAAGCUUCUGAUAGGCUAAUUGACAUAAUUUGAGUCAAUUGGAGGUGUACCUGUGGAUGUAUUUCAAGACCUACCUUCAAACUCAGUGCCUAUUUGCUUGACAUCAUGGGAAGAUCAAAAUAAAUCAGCCAAGACCUCAGAAAAAGAAUUGUAGACCUCCACAAGUCUGAUUCAUCCUUGGGGGCAAUUUCCAAACGCCUGAAGGUACCACGUUCAUCUGUACAAAUAAUAGUAUGCAAGUAUAAACACCAUGGGACCACGCAGCUGUCAUACUGCUCAGGAAGGAGACACGUUCUGUCUCCUAGAGAUGAACGUACUUUGGUGCGAAAAGUGCAAAUCAAUCCCAGAACAACAACAAAGGACCUUGUGAAGAUGCUGGAGGAAACAGGUACAAAAUUAUCUAUAUUAUCCACAGUAAAACGAGUCCUAUAUCGACAUAACCCGAAAGGCUGCUCAGCAAGGAAGAAGCCACUGCUCCAAAACCGCCGUAAAAAAGCCCAACUACGGUUUACAACUGCACAUGGGGACAAAGAUCUUACUUUUUUGGAGAAAUGUCCUCUGGUCUGAUGAAACAAAAAUAAUAACUGUUUGGCAAUAAUGACCAUUGUUAUGUUUGAAGGAAAAAUGGGGGACUUGCAAGCCAAAUAACAUCAACCCAACCGUGCUCAUGCAUUGGGGGUGCUUUUCUGCAGGAGGGACUGGUGCACUUCACAAAAUAGAUGGCGUCAUGAGGAAGGAAAAUUAUGUGGAUAUAUUGAAGCAACAUCUCAAGUCAUCAGUCAGGAAGUUUAAAGCUUGGUCGCAAAUGGGUCUUCCAAAUGGACAAUGACUCCAAGCAUACUUCCAAAGUUGUGGCAAAAUGGCUUAAGGACAACAAAGUCAAGGUAUUGGAGUGGCCAUCACAAAGCCCUGACCUCAAUCCAAUAGAACAUUUGUGGGCAGAACUGAAAAAGCGUGUGCGAGCAAGGAGGCCUACAAACCUGACUCAGUUACACCAGCUCUGUCAGGAGGAAUGGGCCAAAAUUCACCCAACUUAUUGUGGGAAGCUUGUGGAAGGCUACCCAAGUUAAACAAUUUAAAGGCAAUGCUACCAAAUGCUAAUAACUGAGUGUAUGUAAACUUCUGACCCACUGGGAAUGUGAUGAAAGAAAUAAAAGCUGAAAUAAAUCACUCUCUACUAUUAUUCUGACAUUUCACAUUCUUAAAAUAAAGUAGUGAUCCUAACUGACCUAAGACAGGGAAUUUUUACUAGGAUUAAAUGUCAGGAAUUGGGAAAAACUGAGUUUAAAUGUAUUUGGCUAAGGUGUAUGUAAACUUCCGACUUCAACUGUAUAUAUAUAUUUUUUUAAAUUGCUAAAUAGAAAAGGUAUACCAGUUACAUUUUAAGGACCAAAAAAUGUACAGCUGUGCUACACUGGUUGCAAAAUAGUUGUAAAGAGAUUUUUGAUGUGCAUAUUCCAUGGCACAUGGUUUAUGAACUGAUACACAAAACAACUCCUGAUUCAAAACUUAGUUUUUCCAUUUAAAUUAUUUUACAAAAUUCUUGCAACCAUUAGAAUUAUAUGUGUAUGGGGGAUACAACAUGCCAGCUCUGCAGAUUUUUCUGCGAAGAGACAGAAUCAUUAGAUUACUUGUUCUGUAGCUUGUUUUUGGUUGCAGUUUCAGGAAUGGCUGAAAAAUCACAACUUUUACCUAAAACUAACUCUGCAAAUAGCAUUGUUGGGUGAUUUGAAAAGCCGUAGUCAAUCGAUCAGUAAUGUAAUAAUACUCUUAGUAAAAAUCUUCAAUUUUUAUUUAGAAUCUGUAGAAACUAUGAAAAUAGAAAGGUUAAACUUUUGUGAAACAUCACAGCACAGGUAAAAAAUAUAUGGCAAGUAGAAAUCAAAACAGGAUGGUUUUGAGAGAUAGAUGGGAGGGGGUUGAGCGUAGCUGAUGGGUGGGAAGAAAGGAAAGCAUGGAAAACUAUGGUCAAAUGUACAGUGUCUGUAAAAUGUAGUAGUCUAAGUAUUGUUGUCCAUUAGUUUACUCAAAUUAGGGGAAAAUAAUAAAGAAGGAAAACAUAUAUAAAAAAAAAAAAUGCAAUAUAUUAAAGCUGAUCUAUUCCUAAUAGCAAAAAAAAUAAAAUGAUGUAAGACCCAUAUGCAGCAACAUGUGAAGUUCAUAGGAGCAUAUCAAAUUGAGUGUCAAAUGAAAGCUAAGAGUCUAUAUUUUUGGGAAAUGAAGGUAUAGAUUUGACAUUUUAGUCAUUUAGCAGACACUCUUAUCCAGAGCGACUUACAGUAUUCACGUGGAGGGAGAAUAAUGAAAGUUCACAGUGAUUUUACUGAUAUCAAAUUUGUUUGUGAAUUACUAAGUGCUUAAAACUCGUAAUUCCGUUACCAAAUUGGAAUUGCCCAUAGAUGACCUGAUGGGCCUCAAAUAUAGCCCAUAAUUAUGUCAUUUAAAUAUGGUGAUAAAGAAGAUAUUCAGACUUGUGAUCAGACACAGAGUGUUGCUUGCUUUCCACGAAAGGAACUUCGUGGGCCAUGUGGGGUCACACAGAUUUUUGGAGGCUGAUGACAGAGGCUUUACAGAAGUUUAGUUGCUAAUUGUUAACCUCACAUUUUUGCUUGAGUUAUGACUGAAUGGUCCGUAUACACAUAAGCAAUAGGCAUAUGAUGUAACAUUUAAAAUAAAUAGUUACUCAUGUCCAAUGAGGUCAUUUCUGGGCAAUGUCUGUCCAUUUAGGGGAUCCCUUUUUGCUUAGCAAUAAUUCCUUUCCAUUUUAAUAAUUGAACUGAGAUAGUCAAUAUGUUCUGUUGAAACUAACUUGUGAUUUACAAGUAGCAUAAUGAACCAUGUUAUUCACUGUGAAACCUCCUCUAUCGUUUCCAGAUGCAAGUUUUUCAGUUUGACGGAAACUCCGGAGGAUUAUACCAUUAUCGUCGAUGAGGAAGGCUUCAAAGGUGGGUUUUGUGGUCGCUACCACUGGAUCUUUAAGGUUACUGUGGCAACCAGAAUUAGACAACAGGAAAACAUUUGUAGACCUAUGAUUUUCAGUCAGUUCUAUCCAGAAUCCUUGGGACAUCCCUAACCUUAACCAUAACCCUUACCUUAACCAUUGUACAUUUCAACUCCCAAGGAUCCCGGACAGCAAGGACCUAUGAUUUUCUCAUAUCUUGACUGGCUGCCAAUGUUUGACUACAUAUUGCUACAUCAGUUCUCCCCGCUGUUCCAUUAUGGGUUAACAGAGGCCAAGCUGUGACUGGCUUGGUUUUGUGGUUGAGUGAGUGAAUCCAUGUCAUUACAGACUGGUUUCCAGGGUGACCCUCGUUGGUCACCAUGGAUACUAGAAGCUCUGCAUUGUGAAACAGGUGCAGGUAUUCUACUGUAGGUAGAUUGUCUGGACGUUUAUAUUGUGCUCAUCUGUAUGUAUGUACUUUCCUUUGCUGCGUUGAGGCUUCAAAUACUUGUUUGGUUUUGUUUUUGUGACAGUGCAUGAAAAUGGCCGCACACACAUUUAGCUCUAUAUUGAGGCUGUUAAAACAAGUCUGAGAUUGUUGGCAUAGCUUUCGCUAUUAAUGUAUGCUCAGGGGUAAAUGUUUUACCCUGAGUGAUUAUAAGCUAAUUUACUAACCGCAAUGAAGACCCUCUUGAAUGCAACUUGUUUAACCAAGUUUUUUUUUCUUCAAUUUUAUGAUGAAAGAACCAUGGUCAGUCGUGUGAUAUCUCAUUGUUCUCAGCAGUGGAGUCGAGCCUUUUUCCAAGUCAGACCCCUCUCAUAUUUAUGGCACCCAGGCUUGACAAUGCCUCGUCCAGCUCAUCAGCGGAGGAGAAUGUCAAACAAUCAUCCGUAAAAUAAGAGCCAUUGAGAGUCCGGCGAUGCCGUUAGCGGCCUCAUUUAUCGCUAAGGGGACCGCUGACAGACAGACACAUCCAUCUGGAGCCACACUAAUGCGCCAUUUUCAUGUCCCCUUUCAGAACUGCCCGAGUCGGAGCACCUUAGUGUCGCCGAGGCCACAUGGUUGGCUCUCAACGUGGUGUCGGGGGGUGGGAGCGCCACCAACUCUCAGCCAAUCGGAGUCACCAAAAUAGCCAAGUCUGUCAUUGCCCCCCUGGCAGACCACAACAUCUCUGUGUUUAUGCUGUCCACCUAUCAGACUGACUUUAUCUUGGUGAGUGCUGUUCCACUACAGACCUCUCUUAAGCAUAAUUUAUAACCUACCUAGUAUGCAACGCAAGAACUACUAAUAGCUAGUCAAAAUGGUGAUCCAGUGUAGAUGUGAGCAGCCCCUCAAUUACAAACUUGACGCAAGUACCCAGGAUUGCCAUUUGCGUUCUUGCAUUGCGUGCGUACGUACUGUAUAAAUUAGGCUUUAGAAGUGUUGUUGCAUGUCUUCCUCAACUUCCCAAGGAACACAUGCAAGAUAUCAGCCAGCUAAAUGGCAAUUGUUAUGAGCAUCUUGUAGCGGCGCCAUUCUCCUCACGUGUUAUUGAUACUCACAUUCAGUUUGAGGAUGUAUUUGUCAGCUUAGCUGCUUAUUCCUGUAAGUAUUACUGAACAUGGUCAUUUGCCUUACCUGUUAUGUUACCAGGGGUCCAGUGGAAUGAAGGUAGCCUACUCUUAAAUAUACCAGUAGAUAAUCGAAAAUAGCUUACGAAACAGGCCAUUUUAGUCAAGUAUGCCCUCACUUGUACUUUGUGGCCUGUGAGUGUUUUUCCAUUUUGCUCAACGUGAAAAGACAAUAGCAGUGGAUGUACAGUACCUCCCUGAGCGGCGCUUUUGCUUUGAGAAUAAUAUUUUCAUUUUGUCGAAGUUGCUUAAUCAGACCAGUCCUUUCUCAUGCCAGGCCUUUUUGGCCAAAGGGAGUAUUUUUAUUACCCUGCUACUAAGAGGGGGGGGGGGGGGGGAAGAGAAAAACACACAAGGUCUGCUGAAUAACCGGUGCCUGUGUAUGGAAAUAAUUGUACCAAAAAAAUUGAGAUGUUGAUAAUCUGGCAGUAGUUAUGUAAAGAGGAUCAGCCUCAGCUCAGUCUCUUGCUGGAAUUCCCGGUAACAUUCAUGGCCACUGUUCUCCCUCCACGCCAGCUGCUCCCAGCCACGGCCUAAUCACUGUCUGUAAAAUGGAGGAAACAACCUGCGUCGCUCUCAUCGGUCUCUCUCUUUCUCUGCCUAAUGUCUGUUUCUCUAUUUGUCUGUCUCAAUCAUGUCUCUCUAUCGCUUUGCCUCAAUCUCUGUCUGUUUGUCUUGUCUCACUCACUCUCUUUCUCUCCGUUUCUAUCUUGCAUGCUCUCUCAUUCCCUCCCACUGUGUCUGAUUGUAUUUGAGGGUCUGAGCCAGGCCGAAGGAGGAAGACCGGCUGGGCCAAGGCCUCUUUUUUUUCUCUCUCUGGUGUUGUAUUAUGAUUAUUUGCGUUACAUAAAUGGUGGGACCCGACCCAAAUGCAGAAUGCAGUCAUUUAGAGGGAGGGAGCCUUAAGUAACCUGACUUUCUGUCUGACUCAACCAGCCUAGAGGAGUUAGAGGCCAGCUUCUCACAGGGGGAAUCACAUUUUGUUUACAUCCUCAAUGCAACUCAAAUAAGGGUUUAGUCAGGGGGAAAGGAGAUGGAUGAGUUUCUGUCAGGAUCCGGCAGAAUGGUCCCCGUGGGGAUGGAAUUAGUCCGUCAUGUCCAAAUGUACAGUUCUUCAGAGGCGGCGGCACAGAGUUCAGUCAAGGAGAGCACGAUUUUGGGGGAAUGGACACACAGUAGCUUUGCAUUAGGCCCAUAUAAUGGACACCUUUUUGGGGCAUUUCAUUUCACGUUGAAAUUGGAUUUUAAAGCAGAAGACCGUCUCCAGCUUUUAAAGCAUUGCAUUCCUUUGGGAGGUUGUUUUCCCAAGCCUUUUGCUAGUCAGACAUACCUGCUUUAAAUACUUGAUUAACAUUUGCUGUGCCCACAGGCCCCUCUCUUUUACUUAUCCUUGAAGUGUUCCGAUAAGCAAUAUGCAGAAGCUCUCUGAGUUCUUUUGAAAUUUCACUGAAUAGUUUGCUAUUGGGACACCAUUGUUUCUUUCCCCUGAUAAGUGCAGUUACAACUUGUGUUUGAAGUGCAAAUGUGAGUUACUUUCUGAUGUAAUUUAACCUGCCAGUUUGAAAGACCGUCCUCACCUGCUGUUCAAAUGCUAUUUCACGUUUCUAUAAAACUUUUUGGUUUUCCCUGUUGUAAGAAGUGUGUUGUGCUUUGGUUGAGGCUGAGUUGUUGAUGGCGUAGUGGUCGUGUUGUGUUCUCCAGGUUCGAGAGCGGGACCUGCCCAUGGUCAUGCACACCCUGUCUUCUGAGUUCACCCUGCUGAGGGUGAUCAACGGAGAGACCGUGGCCGCCAACAGCCUGGGAGUAACCAACGGCUUUGUCAAGCCUAAACUCGGUAGGCACACAAUACUUGUAUUCACUAUUACUGACAUGUUAUCCCUUUUUCACACUAUCGUGUGGACACAAACUGUACUGGCUCGGUUAUUUACUUUUCACAUGUUCCUUUCCUGUACAGUUCGAGCCCCUAUGGGACAUGUGUAACCAGGCCAGCACAGCUCGGCUCAGUAGUCUGAAAAGGCUACUGGACAUAGAUACAGUAAUGCACACAAUCAGUUUCAGGUUAUGCAUUGGGUUUUCUGUGAUACAAAUGGAAAUGUAUUUCAUCCCCUGAAUGAGAAUAUUGCAGAGACUCCCUGAUAUUAAUUGGCUGUUAUGUUGCAGCCUGUCAAACCUUGAAUUGAACAAUCCAACUUGUGCGGUGGAGUGUACUGAACUUGACAUCCUCAUCUUGACAUGUUUGAAGACAUGUUUGGUAAGAGUAUGUCAAUCCAGCACGCGCUGUCAAGGUUCUUCCCCAGAACAGAAGACCUGAGAACACAGUUUGAUAUGGCAGGCAGAACAGCAAGAGCCAGCCCCAGGCAUAAGAGACAUAAGCGGUCGCUUAGGGCCCCCGGCCACUAAGCCCCCCAAUUUUGGGGGGUAAUUUUACAUUCAUGUCAUUUAACAGAUACUCUUAUCCAGAGCGACUCACAGUAGUGCUUACAUUUUCGUACUGGUACCCCGUGGGAAUCUAAACCCACAACCCUGGCGUUGCAAGCGCCAUGCUCUACCAACUGAGCCACACGGGACCACAUUUUGUUGUCUAGAUUUGUAAAUCUCUUUAGGUGACAUAUUUGAUGGGUAGCAUGAAUCAGUAUUUUUUUAAAGCAUAUAUGUUCACAACCGCCAGUAUCAUAUUAAUGAAAAUGUUUUCUCUCUCUCUCAGUGCCCCGUCCCAUCAUCCACCCUCUGUCCAGCCCCAGUAA